AUGCCCAUAAAAUCCCGCUUCACAGUCCCCAUCCCCCAAGUCUCCCUCCCAACCUACAUUUUCGACUCUCCCACCUCCCCGCUACCCAAAACACCGAUUCUCAUCUCCGCGGCAAACCCAGAGUCCCAUUUCCUCUCGCUGCACGACCACCGGCAGUAUGCAAAGCGCUUCGCAUCGGGUCUGCUGCGCGCAGGACUGCAGCCGGGGGAUCGCGUGCUGCUCUUCUCGUCGAACACGCUAUUCUUCCCUGCCGUGGUAAUGGGUACGAUAAUGGCCGAGGGCAUCUUCACGGGCGCAAAUCCAACCUACGUAACUCGGGAGUUGGCAUAUCAACUGCAAGACAGCGGGGCGCGGUAUCUAAUCUGCGCGGAAGCCAGUCUCGACACGGGGAUUGCAGCCGCGAAAGCAGUCGGGUUGAGUGCGGAUCGGAUUUUUGUUUUCGACGAUGGGACUGCGACGUUUGAAGGUAGAAAGGUCGAACGGGACUCGGAGCUGGGACGCAUUCGGCACUGGACGGAGCUACUGGAUACGCCGGAACAUGGCGAUGCAUAUGCGUGGCCGGAGCUGAGCACCGCGGAGGAGCUGGAUCGCGUUGUUGCGCUGAAUUACUCGUCGGGCACGACGGGCAUGGCGAAAGGCGUGAUGAUUACGCAUAGAAACUACAUUUCAAAUUGCGUUCAGCAGUUGUACCUUCCAGAACAAGAGGAGGGGUGGCAAGAGUCGUUGCCGCGAAGAAGGUAUCUCAUUUUCCUGCCCAUGUACCAUGCCAUGGCGCAAUCCUGGUUCUGCAUGGGUGCCUUGAAGCAGCGGAUCCCAGUAUACAUGAUGAUCAGGUUUGAUCUGCUGCAGAUGCUAGAGUACGUGCAGAAAUACCGAAUUACGGAUCUCGUCUUGGUACCGCCUAUCCUUGUACUUAUGGCCAAGCACCCUGCAACCAGGGAUUUUGACCUGAGUUCAGUGGAGAGCGUAACUUCUGGCGCUGCUCCUCUCGGCGGCCAAAUCAAGCAAGAGUUUGAGCGCCUUUGGACACCAGGCAAGAUCAGCGUCAGAAAUGGGUGGGGCAUGACGGAACUCACAUGCGUCGGCUGUAACCACUAUCCCUCGGCCCGGUAUCCCAGUUCCUCCGUAGGAGAACUGUAUCCGAACCUCGAGGCAAAGAUCGUAGUGGAUGACCAAGGCCAGGUUGAAGCUCCUCAAGGUGAACAGGGUGAAAUCUGGAUGCGCGGCCCCAAUGUCAUGAAGGGGUACUGGAAGAAGCCCGAAGCGACAAAAGAGACCAUCACACCGGACGGGUGGUUGAAGACUGGAGAUUCAGCAUACGUGGAUGCCAAUCAGCACAUUCAUAUCGUAGACAGAAAGAAGGAAUUGAUCAAGGUCAAGGGACUACAGGUUGCGCCUGCUGAGCUGGAGGCAUUGUUGUUGGAUCAUCCCCAGGUACAAGAUGCUGCUGUCAUCGGGGAUACCGAAUUGCCACGCGCAUACAUUGUGCUUCGGUCUUUUGUCAAUGCAACGCCGGAAAUGGCGGAAAAUAUCAAAGCAUGGCUGGCAGAGCGUGUCUCAAAGUACAAGCGACUGGAAGGCGGCGUGCACUUUGUCGAUGCGAUACCCAAGAACCCGUCUGGAAAGAUUUUAAGGAAAGAAUUGAGGAGCAAGGCUGCGCAGGAAGACUCUAAACCAAAGCUGUAA